AAGACCGAGUCAGAUACAGAAGACGACGACUUCCCGAUGACGAGACCAGCUGACAAGACGGUGGUGGAUUUGGGGGAGGAGAUCGACGACGACGAGCUCUUCAUCCUCAGCGGUGACCCCAUGCUUGGCAGCACCACCUCUCAGUCUGUCAACAACGCCCAGCCCCGCACUCCUACACCUCACAGUCUCCGCAUGUCAGACGUUCACAUGGCCACUGUCAACAGCACUCGCGAGCUCAACAGCCCUCGCAAGCUCACUCCUGAGGCCUCCGCCCCUCACACCCCUCACACUCCUCACACUCCUCCGACCAAGUCCAGCGUCGCAAAGCGCAAAUGGGACAUCUUCAAGACAGAGAAGCUCUUCGGCGAGGAGUACAAUGUCAAGAAGCGCACCGGCACGGACACUCCGUCAAAGGGAGGUAGGAAGGCCAAGUGGAUUCCGGAUGACCCGCCGCCAGUGCCGCUGCCUCCGCCGUCGGAGCUGUAUUCCAGCGAUGAAUCGGACGAUGAUGAUGACGACGAUGACGAGGAGUGCGACGGUCAAGAGCCGGAUAAGCGCGAUAUUCCUGGUCUGGAUUUCGAGAGUGCCAUCGAUUGGGGAGACGAGAACCUGGUGGACGACAGCAAUGACCGCAAGGCGGGCGAGGUCAUCUCACUGCCCAGCUCCAGCGAUGAGGAACAAUCCACAAUACCGCAGGGCCUGGAGGCGGACGAAGGCGACGAGCAAGAGCAAAAGCAAGACAGCACGAUGGUCCCCUCCUACAGAACAGCGCUUCACACACAAGCCCCGCGCAACAGCAGCAACUCCGUCCUCUCAGGCGCCCACAUCGUAGGCUUCGACGGCAAAUUCACGGCCGAAAUGCAGCAAGUCCUACGCACGGGCGACUACGACCCCAAGAUCAGCGCGUCUGGCCACGGCCUCGAAGGCAUCACCACAGCCACGCAGCGCAAGCAGCAACUACUGCACCAGAGCAUGCUCUACGACGCGGCGCGCCAGCACAACUACUGGGACGUGGCCAGCCUCGCCAGCGCCAAGCUGCAGGCGCUGCAGCCCUGGGCGGCCGCCGACGCCGUCAUGCUCGCCAAGCUGGCGUACCGCGCGCCGUCGCCGACUGAGGAGCCUGUGGACCGCGUCUUGAGAGCCGUUACGGCUAUGGCGCUUGCGCGCGCUUAUGAUGAGUUACGGGACAGCGAUACCUACUGGGUUACGCUUGCGAGACUGUUGCGCGAGCAUGAGGACUUGGCGGAACGGGUCUACGAGACUAAGGCGAGGAUGUUGAGGGAGAAGCGGGAGAGGAGGGAGAGGGGUGAGGUUGGUGAGGUAGAGGGAGAGGGUGAGGACGACGAUUGAGUGCUGGUGGUUGGGUGCUGCACUGCUUGUGCGGCUGCUUCUUGAAGAGGCUCGUCGACGCAAUGGGGGCUUGCGGUGGUGGUGGUGGGUGCGGGCCGGUGCAGCGCAGUUCUGGCGCGGGUGCUUGAGGUCGCUGGCUUGUUCACGCAUCGACGGUGGUGGUGGUGGUGGUAGGGUUUCUGACGAAUACGGUUUCACGGCUGCUAACGACAUGGCAUGACUUUCCCUUUCUUUUUCUUUCUUUUCUGUUCACGCUUUACAUCCCCCUCCCCUCAAACAAUCCCUUUGUUUAUGGCUCCUUGCUCUUUAGGCACGAGCGAUCACCAGCCAUCGUCCGUUUUUGGAUAGCGAGGGACGCGGCUCCUGGCAUAGGGAGGCUUGGGCUUGAGCUUGGGCAGACGUACGACCUGCUUACUUCGUUGAAGCAAAAUCGAAUCGAAUCGAAUUGAAUCGAGAGUGUUGCGGGAUUAUGGCUCUCGU